AUGGUUGGGCAAAGUUCUGGGUUAGUCAUCCGUCUGAAGCGUGCAGUACCAGAGCGUUUUUCUGAUGUUAUACCAACAAUUUCUACAAUUGGUGAUGAUGACAAAAGCAAGAAAAUUCACAUCAAGUUUGAUGGAUUGUACCCUUCCCCAACAGCUGUCACAGUUAAAAAAGGACUGAUGUUAUUAUCUGGAAUACAAAAUAUCAGGCAAAAUGGUCAAUUCUUCAACUUUGAGUGGAUAUCAUCAGACACUUUUCCUGAGGGAACAUAUUAUUUCACUAUUGAAGGGACUACAAGGACUUCUUCUCCAAAUGAAGUCACAAUUAAAGUUGAAGAUGGUCCAGAGUCUCUGACGCUGACUCCAUCUGACACAUCCUACACACUGAAUGAGAAUCAGCCCCUAAAUAACAUCACCUGCUCAGCCACCUGUUCUCCAUACCAGUGUACAUACCAAUGGAUAAAGUCUGGAGGAGGUGAAGUCGUCAGCAGCAGUGGUGUUCUGUCACUGGGAAAUCUAGAGAGAGGGGAGGCAGGCACCUACACAUGUACUGCAAGAAACCCAGGGUCUGCACACACAGCUAGCAGCCAGCAAAUUGGGAUCUUGGUCAGAUAUGGUCCAGAGUCUCUGAUGCUGACUCCAUCUGACACAUCCUACACACUGAAUGAGAAUCAGCCCCUAAAUAACAUCACCUGCUCAGCCACCUGUUAUCCUGAUCAGUGUACAUACCGAUGGAUAAAGUCUGGAGGAGGUGAAGUCAGCAACAGUGGUGUUCUGUCACUGGGAAAUCUAGAGAGAGGGGAGGCAGGCGCCUACACAUGUACUGCAAGGAAUCCGGGGUCUGCAGUCACAGCUAGCAGCCAGCAAAUUGGGAUCUUGGUCAGAUAUGGUCCAGACAAUGUCAGAAUAAGUGUACCAUCUGGAUACAUCGUCACUGAGGGACAACUGGAUUUCAAUGUUACAUGCUCAUCCAACUGCUGGCCAGAAUGCACGUACACAUGGAGGAACGUGACAUCUGGUACACUCGUCGCAAACACAGGACUCUUCAUCAUCAGCCAAGUGAACCGAUAUGCAGCAGGGAGUUAUAUGUGUGUUGCUAUUAACCCAGGAUCUAGUCAUAAAGACAACAGUUCCACCAAGCUAGUUGUAAAUUAUGCUCCUGAUGUUACCAUCUACAUGUCGUCUACCAACCCUUCUGAAGGACAACCCUUUGAAUUGAAAUGUGAGGCCUCUGGAGUACCAGCAUUGUACACGUUUACAGCUCUGACCCAGACACAUGGUGGGACACAGAUACCAAAUACACAUAUCACACUGGAAGGCCCUGCUUCAAUGUCAAGCCGUAUUGUACGCAUACCUACACUACGAAUGGAUGAUACUGGUACAUAUACCUGCUCCGUACAAAAUGGAGUCCGCAAUGUAAGCGGGCAUCUACAUCAGACUGCCGCAACAAAACUCAUGGUUAAAGUGAGUCCUAAAAUACUUACCCCUAGUCUGAAGAUUGCUGCAGCUACUGGUACCAACACUUCUCUAAGUGUCCCAGUUUAUGCUUACCCGACACUAGAUGAGAUUGCCUUACAACGCUAUGAUGGGCUUAAUAUCAGUAGAACUUCUGAAAAACACAUUCUGCUUUGGAAUAACACAACUGUGGCAGCAGACUGGUAUGGAACCAAGGUGCAGGUAGACGGGAAUCUCAUGAACUUUACUAUCAUUGAUCUUCAACCUGCUGACUUUGGGAACUACACAAUCACAAUGAAAAAUGCUGUUAACGUAUCAAGUGCUGUGUUCACAGUUGUUGCAGAAACAAAACCAGAACCUGUAACAGAACUAGAUUAUCACCAACAUACCCUCACAACUGACUCUGUUGUUGUAACAUGGUCACCAGGAUUUGGUGGUGGACUUCUGCAGAUAUUCAAUGUACUUCUGAAGAGGACAACUGAUACAGAUUGGUCAUUAGCGAUAACAACAUCUGAAUACAACAUAACAUUGAAGAAUCUGCAACCUGGAAAUGAAUACAUGGUCAAAGUGUACGCCAGUAACCUUAUGGGUAAUUCAACAGACAGUUCAACCAUAACAUUCAUCACUCAAAAUAUAAAUGAAGUCUCUUCCGAAGUAUCCUCGCCCAUUGCAGGAAUCGUAGGCGGGGUAGUAGGAGGAACACUUUGUCUUAUUGCAGCUAUUGUCGCCGUGAUCAUUGUGUUUCGAAAAUAUCAUAUAACAUGCGCAUUUGCAGUUGAACGUAAAGAUACAAGAACAGACAAAACUUGCAACUUAUAUGAAACUUCAACAAAUCGUCUAGACAUGACUGAUCAUCUAUAUUCUGGAGUUCAAGGCUUGCACACAGACAAUGAUACUGCACAUGGCACAGUUGUCUACGAAAAUACAUCAAUAACACCGACUGCUGACCAAUACGAACUUUUAGGAGCCACUGGAACGACGAAUAGAGAAGAUCAUGUACAUGAUCCACUUAGAUCCACUUACAGCACGCUGGGUGAGUCUAGACAUAGGGAGCCAGAAAAACAAAGUCAGUCACAAAAUGAGUACAUGAACACUUUGGUGCGAUAAACGAUUCUUAUUGCGGCAUACUAUGAAAACACACCAAAACACUGGAAACAUGUUGAAAAUCAGAAGCGUGUCAGGGAACUUUGUUUAUGCAGUUUUUUUUUUAAUCUUAUAUCGUUUUACUCUUCAAUGUACUACCAUAUAUAUGAUUAUAUUAAACUUUUAUGUUUUAUCUUCCUAUGGCGUUAUGUAGGCACCUAGAUUGUGUUGAAUCCUUAAUUUAAUACUCUUUACACCACGAAGAUUAGCCUUGUAGUGAAUGUUUCUUGUUGAUAAAAUGCCUUUUGCAUUCGUGGGUUAAAUGCUAAAGGGCUAAAGCAUAACCACAGCGAAACACACACACGAUAAAAAUUGUUUAUAUACAUGUACCUAUGAUUGAAAUGGUGUAUACUCGCUUGUGACAACCGUAACUGAAGGUUCUUGUUGAAAUAGCAUAGCGCUUCCAUUUAUAGACGGAUUAUUUUAUGUGUAUGCUUAUGACUUUAUAAUCUAUGCUCUAAUGUUUUAAAGUGACCUUUUCACGUUUUGAUUAAUUGACCAAAUAUGUAUCAGAUUAGCACAUUUUCGUUCUAGUUAUGUUGUUUUUGCUAGGAAACCGUAUACUGAACAUGCUUUAAAAUAUCAAUUACAUGCAUCUUAUGACGAUUUAAAAAACUGAAACUGAUGAAGCGUUGAAAACGCGAAACAAUUGUAUAAUUUGGAAAGUUCUGUUGUUAUCGUUAUAUUUUAUGACCUUACAAGGAUUGUUCUUAUUAGGAAUACAAUACUAAAAGUGUUAUGUCAGCUCGGAUGGUCGAGUGGUUGAAGCGUUAAACUUUUACUCCAAGUGUCAGUUGUUUGAACCCAGGUGUGGAUUACUUGUUUUCUUUCUUUAAUUUUAUUUGUGUUAUAUACUCACUAAUACUGUAACUCUUUAGUUCCGAUGUUUUACGUUUAUAAAUUUAAGGCAUUUAAUGACAAACUACAAAACAUGCCUUUUAAACGAUUUUCGAGACUUUCGACGCUAGUUCACUACUGUUUGAAGUGUGCUAUUCGAGCUUCACGUGUUGGCCUUCAUGAUGUUAUUGUUUGUUUGCAUAGGAGAAUUUAAUAAGAUUGUUCGGUUUGUGAAAAUUCUGGAUUAGAUGUGAGCCCUCUCAUCAUUUUGAACUUCCAAUGCUUUGUAUGGUCCGUUAUAAAAUGAUGAACCUAAAUACAUGUUUACAUGUAUAAUUAGUUUAACGCUCUUUAUUUUAGCUCGUUUGCAUAGCAAGCCUUAGGCUUAUUUGAAACUUUUGGGUCUGUUUUCUGGGACUACAACCAGUACUUGGUGCCUAUGGGAGAAAUUUAAAGAACGCUCGAACUGUGGUGAUCAACCACUUGACCUUCCGAUCGCAAGGCGGACACCAUAUCCACUACACCACUGCGACCUACAUGUAUAUGUUCAUAUGUUUAUAAUUGGUAUUCUGUUAGAGGAUAAGAACGAGAAUUUCUCUCUUGAUAAAGUUUCUGGAGUUUUAUUGUUUGCUUUACGGAAUAUAUAUGUAUACAAAACAAUGACUAUAAAACUAAAGGAUGCAAUGUUUAUAAUAUUGUUUCUGUGGUUCAAAACGCAUAAAAUAUUUGUCCACUGUAUCUCAGUCAGACUUUUUAUUUUCGAUGUUUUUAAAUUGUAGCCAAUAAACCUGUAUAUCCAGACAAAUUUCUUUAUUUUUUAUCCUCAUGUAUGUGUUAUUAUCAAUAAGUUGUAGUGGUUAUGACUUUCAAAUAUACUAGUUCAUAGUACACACAUCACACACUAGGCAGCGUUCCAUUUGUUAUUCAUCCUUUAAUGGUGUUACUGAUAUUGUGAGACAAACCUUACUAAAAGCAGAGCUUGGUAAAUUGCAAGAAACAAGUUCCGAUACUGCUCACUCUUAUGAAAGACCUUUUAAAAGUAUUUGUUUUAAAGCGCUGUCUGGUCCAACUGUUGGAAUAUGUGAAUGAACCAGAACGCGUUGCUCAAUAUAGAACCUUGCUUAUUUGGCAUCAUGAUUCUGUUUGACUGUGUAAGAAAGUUUCGAUUAUCUCGACAAUGAAGUUUAUUUGUGUUCAAUUGAUGGAAUAAAAUGCAGACUUUUAUAGUCCACUUGGAGGAAGAUUUCCUGAUUCGCAAGUUUAAGUUGCAGAUUUUCUGAUUAGUACAUAAUGACUCAGUAAAAAGAGAAUUAAAAUAUAAACAAUAAAGGCGAAUUAUCACUUCUUUAGAUGAAAUACUAUUGGACUGUUAUUGUUCUCUGGUUGAUGUUCCUGAAGUUUAAGUUUACCAUAAUUUCAUAGAUAAUGUUAUUUAAUAAACAUGUUGUCUUAUUAGCUAUAAAUAUUUUAUUUACUAAAAACAUUUGUAAUCGACAUAUAUGUUCGUAAUUAGUACAUAUUCACUAGAUUAUAUCAACACUUUCUUCUUUCGUUGCCAUCAUAUUCACAAUUAUAAAUUAUUUCGUCCAAAUUAUGAAUAUUAAAAUAUUGAUGGAUAAUAAAAGGAUAAUUCAUACAUGUUUUGUUACAAAGAGUGUGUUAGAGUUUUCUGAAUUAAAAUAUAUGUUUUGCUGUUACAUCGUUUUUUUAAAAACAAGAUACCUUUGAAAUUAAUGAAGGUUUUUUAGCUCACCUGAUGGCUCAGGUAUGCUAGUGUGAUCAGUCUUUGUCUGUCGUCUGUCCGUCCGUCGUCCACAUUUGUUUGUAAACACUCAAGAGGCCAUAUUUCUUGUCCAAUCUUCAUGAAACUUGGUCAGAAACUAGGUCACUAUGUCAAAAAUAAAUCUUGUAAACACCGUUGCAGUCACAUUUCAUGUUACUUUGUCAAAAUGUUUCUCUUUAUGAUAUGUUUGUCGAGUUCAAAAGUGGUUCCGGUCCGUUGUAAAACAUGGCCCUUCAGUGGGCGGGGCAGUUUUCCUUAUUUGGCUAUAGAGAAACCUUGUAAACACUCUAGAGGCCACAAUUCUUGUCCGAUCUUCAUGAAACUUGGUCAGAAGAUUUGUCCUAAUAAUACCUCGAUCGAGUUUGAAACUGGGUCAUGCUGGGUCAAAAACUAGGUCACUAGGUAAAAAAAAAGAAAAACCUUGUAAACACUGUAGAAGUCACAUUUCAUGCCCAAUCUUCAUGUAACUUUGUCAAACUGUUUGUCUUAAUGAUAUGUUGGCUGAGUUUAAAACUGGUUCAGGUCCGUUGAAAAACUUGGCCGCCAGUGGGCAGGGCAGUUUUCCUAAUUUGGCCAUAGAGAAACCUUGUAAACACUCUAGAGGCCACAUUUCUUGUCCAAUCUUCAUGAAACUUGGUCAGAAGAUUUGUCCUAAUGAUACCUUGAUUGAGUUCGAAACUGGGUCAUGCUGGGUCAAAAUCUAGGUCACUCGCUCGAAAAAAUAUAAAAACCUUGUUAACACUGUAGAAGUCACAUUUUAUGCCCAAUCUUCAUGUUGCUGUGUCAAAAUGUUUGUCUUAAUGAUAUGUUGAUUGAGUUCAAAAGUGGUUCCGGUCCGUUGAAAAACAUUGCCGCCAGUUGGCGGGGCAGUUUUCCUUAUUUGGCUAUAGAGAAACCUUGUGAACACUCAAGAAGUCACAAUCAUUGCCCAAUCAUCAUGAAACUUGGUCAAAACAUUGGUUUUAUUGAUAUCUCGGACGAGUUCGAAAAUGGUCCAGAUCGGUGGAAACAAAACAUGGCCGCCAGUGUGCGGGGCAGUUUUCUCUAUAUGUAUAUAGUGAAAACAUGUGAACACUCACAAAGUCACAUUUUUGGCCCAAUUUUCAUGAAAUUAGGUCAAAUCAUUUGUUUCCUAGAUACGAGAGUUGAGUUGGAAAAUGGAUCCGGUUCGUUUAUAAACAUGGCUGCCAGGGGGCGCAUUUUCCUUAUAGAUAUAAAGUAAAAAAAAAGCUUGUGAACACUCUAGAAGUCACAAUUUUUCCCAAUCAUCAUGAAACUUGGUGAAAACAUUUGUUUUAUUUAUAUCUCAGAUGAGUUAGAAAACGUUCACAAUCUGUUAAAACACAUGACCGCCAGGGGGGGUGGGCAGUUUUCCUUAUAUGACUAUAGAGAAAACUUGUGAACACUCUAGAAUUCACAUUUUUUGCCCAAUCAUCGUGGACCUUAGUCAAGACAUUGGUUUUAUUGAUAUCUCGGACAAGUUGGAAAAUGGCUCAAAUUGGUGAACAAAACACACUUUUUAGUUCACCUGAUUGCUCACAUGAGGUUUUAGGAUCGGUCUUUGUCCGUCGUCCUAUGGUCCGCCCACAUUUGGUUUGUAAACACUCUAGCAUUCACAUUUUUCAAGCAUUCAAAACUGCUGAGAAGCUAUAUGGCCACAAGAUCUGAGUCAAGUUUGAUAAUGAGCAAAAUUGCAUAGUAAAUGCCAGAAUUAUUGCCCUUUAGAUUGUCAAAAUGUUCAUGAUAUUAUACAAAAUCCUUGUUAACACUCUAGAGGUCACAAUUUUGUCAUAAUAUUUAUUUUGUAACCAAAGUUUGAUGUUUGGUCAUGAGGGGUCAAAAUAUAGGUCACCAGGUCAAAUUUUACAAAAACCUUCAAUAAUGAUGGAGUUUGACCAGGAUGUUUGUCUGGACAAUCUCUAGGUCAAGUUUGAUGUUCGGUAAUGAAGGGACAAAAUCUAGGUCAUGGGAUGUUAUCUUACAAAAACCUUGUAAACACACUAGAGGCCAUAGUUUUGGUCCAAAAAUGAUGAUACUUGACUGGAAUGUUUUUCUUGAUGAUAUCUACGCAAAGUUUGACAUUGGGUCAUGUGGGUUCAAAAUCUUGUUCACAAGGUCCAAAUCUUACAAACACCUUGCAAACACAUGUAGAAUUAGCAUUACUUGCAAAUGUUUGCAUUGCAAAAAAAACAUGCAAAUGGACAGUACUCAAUCAGAAUUAAUCAUAUACUCACAUUGCAAAAGUAAACAGAAGAGAACCAAUCUAAUAUGUUCUAGAGUACUGAAUUUUUAACUAAGCAAUAAACAAGGCCUUGUACAAAAAAGGUGAGCAAACUAGGGCCAUCUUGUUGUUAUACGGAUUACUAUACUGAUAAAAAGUGUCAUAAUUUCAAUAACAAUACAGUGUCGUGUUCAGUUGAUCUUAAUAGCCAUUAGUUUCAGUGAUGAACUUUAAACUACCAUUUGUCCACAUUUGCCUGGGAAGUCUGGAAGGUCUGAACCUCAGGAAGUACUAUGUUACCGCAUUAUUAAAGUAGCCAGCAGGGACUUGAACUCUUGUUGCUGUUGAUUUACAACCUACAAAAAUGGAGGAAAGCGAAAAACCUCUUUCGCAAGAGAGUAGAUAUUGGUUAAGUUAGUUUUGUUGUACUACCAGUUAUUUAUGUUUGAAACAUUAAAACCAUGAAAUGAUUUAUGAUACACAUAUAAAUUACUACGAUAAUGCUUCUAUAAACAUUACAUACAUUCUGAUUAUUGUUCACAAUAGUUGAAUAACCAUAUAUGCAAGGUACGGUUACAACUGUUUUACCAUAGAUAUGAUCGUUAAUUUGUAUUUUAGACGAUAAACGUUAAUGCAAGACUGGUGGUUUCGAACCUUAUUCUCUAUUCUGUAAAGACUGUCACCUUAAGGAUUCCGAUUACAUGUUGUAUUCAAUUAUCGAAGAAUAAAGACAUUUGCUCUACUAUAAAUCUCACAUUUACAAUAAAACGAUUUACACGCAAACGAGUCGUAUCUGGAGUAACUUGUCUAACCAAUACCUCCAUGAAAUGGUCAACCCAUGAACUGUAGAUCGAGUUUUGUAUGUCAAAUAAUUAAAUUUUGCUAAAAUUGCCAUAAAUUAAUUCAUUUAUGAUCAGAUUUGAUUCAUACUAUGACAAAACAACCCUUACCUUACAUACCACAAUAGACUCCACCUUAACCAUCCCCCACACCCCACCCCAGUAUACCCCCCAUAAAAAUCCAUAUUUUUCUUAUUUUUAAAAGAUCAUCUUAUAAAUGACCACACCCCCACACUAUACCCCCUCUCAACCCUCCACGCUCAACCCCACCCCCGACUUCCCCCCUUAACAAAAAUAUUUUUUUUAAACACGGUUUAAAAAACAAAUAUUUAUUGUUAUUAUGUGUAUAGAAUUAUGUUCGGUUCUGAUGAACAAUUUAUAUAGAAAGUCCAGUUGUAAACUUGUUAAACAAAUUAAACGGGUUAAUAUGGCCAGUUAGUUUGUAGGACAGCAUAAUUUUGUUUAUACUGCUACACGCUGUGUAUGCGGAUACUUUGAUUUGAUUGCACUCAGAUUGAUUGUUAAUUGCUUGUUGUAACUUAAUUUUUACAAGCUUAAAAAGCUAAAUACAUGUCGUUCUUAGCAUUAUUUUAGAAUAGUUAUAGGUACUAAGUUUGAAUAUUUUAAUACUGAAUAAUCUCAAACAAGGUGCAAUAUAGAUGUUUUGUGUCAUGUAUAGUUGUCUUUCUUAAAGUUGAAUUGAUGAAAGUGCUCAAAUCUGUGAUAAUAAUAUAUUUCUAUCUAAUUAUGUCUUCCUAUGUCACACAACACUUUAUCUCAAGGGUCGCAAUAGCAAUAAGUGUUUUUCAAACGCUUUUUUGUGUCAUCCUUGAUAUAUAAUGAUGGUUGUCAUGGCUUCACUCAUGUUUUUGUUUAAUUCAUGCAUGUUUCUCUCUUAUUUAAGAACAUGUGUGUGUUAUACUUGUAUUGCCAUGUAUUCUGCCAUUAUAUAUAGAAAUAAAUCAAUAAAUCAAAA